UGCGCCGCCCGCCCGCAGGGACCUGCCCAGUCCUUCCCCGCUGAGCGCGGCGCAGUCCGGCGCGCAGGGGCCGCUCGCCGGGGGCGCGAGGGCAGGAUGGUGGCCCUUGGUCCCCGAGCGCUCUUGGCGGCGGCCUGGGGAGUCCUGCUGCUUACCGCCCCCGCAGGGGCGCAGCGCGGCCGGAAGAAGGUCGUGCACGUGCUCGAGGGCGAGUCAGGCUCGGUGGUGGUGCAGACGGCGCCUGGGCAGGUGGUGAGCCACCGAGGGGGCACUAUCGUCCUGCCCUGCCGCUACCACUACGAGGCAGCCGCCCACGGCCACGACGGCGUCCGCCUCAAGUGGACGAAGGUGGUGGACCCCCUGGCCUUCACCGACGUCUUCGUGGCCCUGGGCCCCCAACACCGGGCGUUCGGCAGCUACCGCGGGCGGGCGGAGCUCCAGGGCGAUGGGCCGGGGGACGCCUCCCUGGUCCUCCGCAACGUCACGCUGCAGGACUACGGGCGCUACGAGUGCGAGGUCACCAACGAGUUGGAAGACGACGCGGGCAUGGUCAAGCUGGACCUGGAAGGCGUGGUCUUUCCCUACCACCCCCGAGGAGGCCGCUACAAGCUGACCUUCGCGGAGGCGCAGCGCGCUUGCGCAGAGCAGGACGGCAUCCUGGCCUCCGCUGAGCAGCUGCACGCGGCCUGGCGCGACGGCCUGGACUGGUGCAACGCGGGCUGGCUGCGCGACGGCUCCGUGCAGUACCCGGUGAGCCAGCCCCGGGAGCCCUGCGGCGGCCUGGGCGGCGCCGGGAGCGCCGGGGCCAGCGGAGGCGCCAACGGGGGCGUGCGCAACUACGGGUAUCGCCAUAACGCGGGGGAACGCUACGACGCCUUCUGCUUCACGUCCAACCUCCCGGGCCGCGUGUUCUUCCUGAAGCCGCUGCGGCCGGUGCCCUUCGCGGGAGCCGCGCGCGCGUGCGCCGCCCGGGGCGCGGCGGUGGCCAAGGUGGGGCAGCUGUUCGCCGCGUGGAAGCUGCAGCUGCUGGACCGCUGCACCGCGGGCUGGCUGGCCGACGGCAGCGCGCGCUACCCCAUCGUGAACCCGCGCGCGCGCUGCGGAGGCCGCCGGCCCGGCGUGCGCAGCCUCGGCUUCCCGGACGCCGCCCGGCGCCUCUUUGGCGUCUACUGCUACCGCGCGCCCGGCGCCCCGGACCCCGCACCUGGGGGCUGGGGCUGGGGCUGGGCCGGUGGUGGCGGGUUGGCAGGGGGCGCGCGCGACCCAGCUGCCUGGACCCCGCUGCGCGUCUAGCGCAGGAGCAGGCAGGCGGCUGGGGCGCUUGGCCGCUGGUCUAGUUUCCUGGGGUUCCUGGAGGCUGGCCGCAUGCCCUGUGGUCCCUCAGAAACUCACCACGCCCCUAGCGUUUCUUGAGACUGGCCAGUCCUGGCGGACUAGUUACCCUGGAAUCCCUUGGAGACUGGCCAAGCCCCGUCUCUUCUGGACGGCGGAUUUUGCCCCUGCCCCGACUUUCGCCAGGAGAAGGGCCACCUGCCCUGAGGACCGCAGGAGCCCCGCAGUCUCCUCCCAGGACCACCUGGCAUCAGACGAACUGCCCCCCUGUGGCCUCCUGGAGGCUGGACCCCCCGGGAUUGUCUGGAGACUGGCCGCGCCCCCUCUGCGUCUCCCUGGACACUGAAAGCGGGUCCCUGGCGGUCACCGGGACACCGGCCCCACCACCACCUGGAGAGACUGUAGAAGCCUCAGGGUUCACACCCCCGUGGUCACGUGGAGGUCACGUGGAGGUCACGUGGACUCUGGGCUCAGGCACUUCCGGUCCCUCAUGGAGACUUGGGGACUGGGUAUUGCCAUUCUCCCCUUCUCCCUGAGAGUCCCCUGAAGUUUUUCGGGUGACAGAAAUCCAUCCCUACGUGGCUGUGGAGGACAGCCCCACUCCUCCAGUUUCGUGGGAGAAUAGUCUCAUCUGUCACCUCAAAGGCAGAUGGUGACGCCCCAGCCGGCUGGCAUGUAGCGGCCAUCCCUGCCCCUCAAGUACUUCUCUGGAGGGAGGGCAGACCCGCCCCGCCCCGGACAGCCCCUCCCUGGCUGUCACCAAAGAGACCAUCUUCUGAGGCCCAGGGACCAUAAGACCCAUGUUCCUCCUUAUGGAGGCCAGCUGCGCUGGUUUACCACUGUCACCAUGGUGACCAGUCCAGCUUCUACCUGUCACCUAGAAUCACACACCCCUUCCCAAGUCAGUCACAUCCACGGAGAUGGUGCCUCCUUCCUCCAGCUGUAACCAUGGAUACCAAGUAAUUCCCAUCUCACCCAGCCCUGCAGGCCAAAGACCUACAACUCUACUUCUGGGUGUCCCCACCCUGACUGACCACCAGGGAGAUCACCCUACCCCCUAGCUGUCCCCAGGGCGACCCGACAUUCAGUUCUCCCGCUGUCACCAUGGAAACAGGCUGCCCCUUUCCAGGGGCCAGCUGGAGUUCCAGGCCAUCUCCCAAGCUCCGCCCCUUUGGAGGGCAGCUUGGACCCCACAGCCGUUGCCAUGGAGACCAGACUCUGGUGUCUGAGGUAACAGAACACCUGUCCCCCUAGGCUUUUUCUUGUGGAGGACGGGGCCCAGCCCUGCCAAGCUGUCACCAUAGAGACUGUCAGUGUUGUCCCCAUGACAACCGACCUCCCAGCUCUCAGGAAGUCUCACCGUGGGCCCAGUGUCCCUGGUGUCUCCCACUGGGCUGCCUCCUGUGCCCCGUCUGGGGCCUGAUGGCUGCCCCUUCCCCAGAUGGGCUCAGCCCGGACAGCAUUCCCAGACAGGGCUGGCCUUCAGAGCCACUGGCCCCCUUCCAUUUGCACGCCAGCCACACGCCAGACCGCAGCUGUGCACGAAACGCCCUUGCAACACCUGGGCACUUACACCGUCGCCCUGUGGACGGGGACACUGAGGCCUUGGCGCGCCCCAGCCCUUCGCAUCGUGCAAGCACUGAGCUCCCCCUUGCUCUCUGAGACCUCGUCCUCAUCCUCACCGAGUUCCUCCCUCCUUCCCCGACUCCCACCCACACCUUUCUCCUUAGAGACCUGGGAGGGGUGGCAUGUUUCCUCAACUUCACAGUCCACCGGGUUCUAAGGGGCGAUUUGCGCCAAGAGGUCAGGACCCGGCCAGACUCCCCGGGGUUGACAGCCAGCUCACGGGAGAUGGUCCGCGGACGAGGCCACCCCAGCCGCAGGGAACCCCGGCUCCGAGGUCCUGCCUGGGGGAGCAUGGAGUCCCUCCUGGACCCCUCCUUACAGUCACACCCAUCUCUUGGUAACCCAUCUCUUGAGGUUUGGAACCAGGGGGGCUUGGGUUCGAAUCCUGUCUCUUCUUGCUCACUGUGUGACCAAGUGACAAAACUCCUGUGAGCCUGUUCCCUCCUGUGCACCAGGGCUGUUCUGAGGGCCCUGUGAGUGCAAAGCACACGGCAGGGGCUUAAUAAAUCCUUGUUUCUUUUGAUGAAUGAGAAAACGA